CCCACUUGGAGCUUAUCACGACAGAAAAAUCAUUUCAUGUUUAUAAUCCAGAAAAUUGUUUGUCUUCAAUUCCUCGUUCCUGUUCUGUUCUUUUUUUCUUCUGUGCUUCGCUGAAGAAAAAAGAAAAAAACAACGGAACACUUUCGCUUGUACUGCUCGUUAGCUUGCUGGAGUUCAAAAAUCAUCAACAAUGGGUCGUUCUCGUGGAAAUUUUCACUCCGCUGAUGAGGACCCCCAUCAAAGGUCAAGGAGAAAGAAACACUCAUCAAGCGGGGAAAAUUCAGAAUCUGCCUCUGCAGGUCAAGGAACGAGUGAAGGGAAGGCUUUAUACCAUUGUAAUUACUGCGACAAGGACAUUACGGGGAAAAUCCGAAUCAAGUGUUUCGUGUGCCCUGAUUUUGACCUAUGCAUAGAGUGUUUUUCUAUGGGAGCUGAAGUGACACCUCAUAAAAGCAAUCACCCUUACAGGGUUAUGGAUAAUUUAUCUUUCCCUCUUAUCUGCCCUGACUGGAAUGCAGAUGAUGAGAUACUGCUUCUUGAGGGAAUCGAAAUGUAUGGCUUGGGAAACUCGGCUGAAGUUGCUGAGCACGUGGGGACAAAGAGUAAAGAGCAAUGCAUCAAUCACUAUACGAAUGUAUACAUGAACUCCCCAUUCUUUCCUCUUCCGGACAUGUCUCAUGUUGGGAAAAAUAGAAAGGAGCUUCUUGCUAAGGCUAAGGGACAAAGUGAGGACAAGAAAGGGUUUCCUACUAUUUCGGAGCUUAAUUUGAAAGAAGAAUCUCCCUUUUCUUCUGCAAGAAUCAAAGUUGAAGAUUCACAUAAAGGUGGCUCAAGCCGUUUACUAUCUGGCUUUAACGCUGAUACAGAAUCUGGGUCUCGUUCCAGCGGCGCAAAUGCUUCAGCAGCUGCUCCUAACAAGAAGCCAUCCAAGGGGACCCAAGUCAAAGAUGCCCCUAGCAUUGUAAAAGUUGAAGAUCCUCCAGCGGACAGGGGUAUGGGAAAGAAACCGGUUUCGGUUAAUGAGGGUCCUUUGGUUGAGUUGAGUGGUUAUAACCCCAAAAGGCAGGAAUUUGAUCCCGAAUAUGAUAAUGAUGCUGAGCAGUUACUGGCUGACAUGGAAUUUAAGGAUGCCGACACUGAGGAAGAGCGUGAGCUGAAGUUGAGAGUGCUGCGUAUCUACUCGAAGAGGCUUGAUGAGAGGAAGCGUAGGAAGGAUUUAAUAUUAGAAAGAAAUUUGUUAUAUCCAAAGCCUUUUGAGAAGGACUUAUCUCCUGAAGAGAGGGCGAUAUGCCGACGUUAUGACAUCUUCAUGCGUUUCCAUUCAAAGGAAGAACAUGAAGAGUUGCUUCAGACCGUCAUUUCAGAGCAUCGGACAAAGAAAAGAAUUCAGGAACUCAAGGAGGCCCGAGCUGCUGGUUGUCGUACAUCAGUUGAGGCAGAUACAUAUCUUGAACAGAAAAGGAAAAGGGAAGCUGAAGAAAAUGCUUGUAGGGUAAAGGAAAGCCCUCGUGUUGGUACAAGCAGUCAAGGUGGUCCCAAUGCGUUCAUGGCCUCUGAUUCCAAGGACACAAAUUCAAGACCAACCGGACAGGCCGCUUCGAGCUCCGUCGUUGAUAUGGAUAUAAUGGGCUUCAAUGGUGCAGAUCUACUGUCUGAAGCUGAGAAACGGCUAUGCGGCGAGAUGAGGUUAGCUCCACCGAUUUAUCUUAAGAUGAUAGAGAUUAUGUCAAUACAAAUCUUCAGCGGCAACAUGACUAAAAAAUCCGAUGCACAUCAUCUAUUCAAGAUAGAGCCAAGUAAAAUCGACAGGGUCUAUGAUAUGCUCGUGAAAAAGGGGAUUGCUCAGCCAUGAAAGAUGAAACCAUCUUAGCCCAGCCAUUAAGCUUAAGCCAUCUCAUCAUUCUUAAUGCUUAUCGUUUGUAAAUUAUCAUCAUUUUUAUUCAUUUUGUUAGAGAGAAUUUGAAAAAAAAAAAAAAAUGAAAAGCAUUCUCAUUUACAUUUUUGACGUCUUCCGAGUUAUAAGUAUCUAAU